GGGCUCGCGGCGACAUUUUUAAAGGGACGCCACGACGCAACUAUGCCGCGUGCUUCUCUGUGUUUCUCGGGAUAUUCGAGUUCAACCGGUCAUGGAUUCUCCGCGAACUGAUUAUUUAUCUUCCGGGUGAUCCGAUAACUCAGUGUUGUAGCUUAUGGACCACGUUGUUGUACUAAAAUAUCAUCGUUUUCUAGCGAAAAGUGUGUUCUCAGACCAUCUUCUCGUACGAUCUUCACCUCAGCGUAAGCACUUUCAGCAUUCAGCACCAAGCGGACAAGCUGACAUGUACAAGUUUCUCUUCAUCGCCAAUUUCGACCAGAGACUUAGGUAUGCGUAUUACUUCGACCACGUUGAUAAGUCGAAGCGUGCUCAACUCAGCACAGCCCUCGUCCAGAAAUGCUUAUCACGGACUCAAACCAGCUGUUCAUUCUUUGAGCACGAGGGCUUCAGCAUUGUCUACCGGAAGGUUGGAAGGCUCCUGUUCAUCAUUGGCACUGAUGGUGCAGAGAACCACCUUGCGGUGUACGAGUUUGUCCAUGCAUUCGUGCAAGUCCUGGACGUCUACUUCGCAGGCGUGACGGAGAAACAUAUCAUCACCGAAUUCCACAAGCUCCACCUAGUCUUGCAACAGAUGGUGUGCAACGGAAGCGUCGUCGAAACCAACGUCAAAAACGUGUUGGAGCCUCUGAGGGCCUUUGACAGUUCCUGACACCCCGCGCACCUCGGCGGACGGAGGUCACAAUUAAACGUCGCGAACGUAGGGGACA